CUAUCUCCUAACAUGGCGGUCUCUGCUAAACCUCCAACGAUUCCUCCACAUUCAGACCUUUCAAAUUGCCUUCAUUCAAGAAUUCACAAAACCCCAAAAACCCUAAGUUUCUCAAGGAUUAUCAAAACCCACAAUUUCUCCUUAAGAAGAACACUCGAAAUCUCUGUUUUCAAGACCAAUUCCGUCGAUUCCAAAGACUUAAAUGCUCAAAUAUGCGACCUUUGCCUUGCUGGAGACCUCGUACAAGCUAUAAGAAACGUUGAAACGAUGAGGGAACUUCAAAUACCCAUUGAAGAAGAAACCUUUGUUGCUUUGUUGAAGCUUUGUGAAAGGAAGAGAGCGGGUGAAGAGGGUAAUCGGAUUUACUCUUUCAUAUUGAAUUCCAUGGCUCGGUUGAGUUUACGGGUUGGGAAUGGUUUAUUGAGCUUGUUUGUAAGGUUGGGUAAUUUGGUUGAAGCUUGGUUUGUGUUUGGGAAAAUGGAAGAAAGAGAUGUUUUUUCAUGGAAUGUUUUGGUGGGUGGAUAUGCGAAAGCUGGUUACUUUGAUGAAGCUUUGAAUUUGUAUCAUCGUAUGUUAUGGGCUGGAGUGAAACCAGAUAAUUAUACUUUUCCUUGUAUUCUUAGGACAUGUGGUGCUGUUCCUGAUUUGUCUAGAGGAAGAGAAGUUCAUCUUCAUGUUAUUAGGUUUGGAUUUGAGUCAGAUACUGAUGUGGUUAAUGCUUUGAUAACCAUGUACGUGAAAUGUGGUCAUCUUUCUACUGCACGGCAAGUGUUUGAUAAAAUGCCAAGAAGAGACAGAAUUUCAUGGAACGCAAUGAUUUCAGGGUGUAUUGAGAAUAAUGAGAGUUUACAAGGAUUAAAACUCUUUUUAAAAAUGAGGGAACUCGAGAUUGAUCCUGAUUUGAUGACUAUGACUAGUGUGAUUUCAGCCUGCGAUGCUAUCGGCGACGAGAGACUUGGAAUGGCCUUACAUGGGUACGUUAUUACAACAUCGUUAACUUUAAAUGUUUCGAUUAACUGUUCGUUAGUUCAAUUCUAUUCGAGCAUUGGCUGUUUGGAAAAAUCAGAACGGGUAUUUACUAGAAUCGAGUCUAAGGAUGUUGUAUCAUGGACGGCUAUGAUAUCUGGCUACGAAAACAAUGGUCAGCCCGAUAAAGCCAUAGAAACUUAUAAUAGAAUGAUGGAAAAUGAAGGUGUCAAUCCAGAUGAAAUCACUAUUGCAAGUGUUCUAUCUGCUUGCACGACUUUAGGUCUUUUAGACAUGGGUAUAAAGCUUCACGAGCUUGCCAUUAGUUCAGGCCUGAUAUCAUACAUCAUAGUUGCAAACAAGCUCAUUGAUCUAUAUUCCAAGUGUAAAUGCGUUGACAAGGCUUUAGAAGUUUUCAACCAAAUUCGCGUUAAAAAUGUCAUAUCUUGGACAUCUAUUAUUCUCGGGCUUAGAAUCAACAAUCGAAGCUUCGAAGCGAUAGUUUUCUUCAGACAAAUGCAGCGUAGUUUAGUCCCGAAUUCAGUUACAGUCGUUUCAGUCCUCUCUGCUUGUGCUAGAAUAGGCGCAUUAAUGUGUGGAAAAGAGAUUCACGCGCGUGUACUAAGAAACGGACUAGGAUUCGAUGGCUUCGUACCAAACGCACUUCUCGACAUGUAUGUUCGUUGCGGAAGGAUGACAUCAGCAUGGAACCAAUUCAGCACGCUUAAUCAAGACAUGGUAGCUUCAUGGAAUAUCCUUUUGACAGGAUAUGCACAAAGGGGACAAGGAACACUCGCACUCGAGUUUUUCAGAGAAAUGAUCGAUUCUGGAGUAGUGCCCGACGAAAUUACUUUUAUAUCCCUGUUAUGCGCCUGCAGCAGGUCUCAGAUGGUGGAAGAAGGUUUGGAGUGUUUCGAUUUGAUGAAAUUCCGUUAUAAUGUUGUUCCGAAUGUUAAGCAUUACGCUUGCUUAGUUGAUUUGCUUGGUCGAGCGGGGAAAUUGAGCGAUGCGCAUAGAAUUAUAAAAGAAAUGCCCAUGAAACCAGAUCCGGCUAUUUGGGGUGCUCUGUUAAACGCGUGUAGAAUACAUAAGGAUGUUGAGCUUGGGAAGAUGGCUGCCCAGAAUAUAUUCAAAAUGGAUGACCGAAGCGCGGGUUACUACAUUCUCUUGUCGAAUCUGUUUGCUGAAACGGGCAGAUGGGAUGAGGUCAGUCAGGUAAGAAGUUCAAUGGUAGAGAAAGGUUUAGCGAUUGAUCCCGGUUGUAGUUGGAUAGAAGUUAAGGGAAAGGUUAAUGCUUUUCUCAGCGGCGACAAUUUUCAUCCUCAGAUUAAGGAAUUAAACGCAGUUUUGGAGGGCUUUUACGAGAGAAUGAAGAAAGCAGAGGAUAACACAUAUAGAAUAACUGAAAGUGAAGCAUCAAAAGAAGACAUUUUUUGUGGGCACAGCGAGAAACUUGCAGUUGUGUUUGGACUGUUGAAUACUGCACCCGGGACACCUAUAUGGGUGACGAAGAAUCUCUAUACUUGUGAAAGAUGUCACGAUACCAUAAAAUUUAUCUCUAGGGUAGUAAGGAGAGCCAUUUCUGUGAGGGAUACAGAACAUUUCCAUCAUUUCAAAGAUGGUGUCUGUUCUUGUGGAGACGAGGGUUACUGGGGAAAGACUUGAAAUCGAUUGUUAUAUCACCAACAAAAUGGGUGGUGGUUGUUUCUUCUUCCUCAUCGUCAAUGACCAAUGGCUUCUUUCUGAUGCAAUCCACUCCUUUUCUCAUAUUGAUGAUUAUAGAAGGUGAAGAUGGGAUUCUUCGAAAUGCCCGUGCACUAUCUGACCUUGCAACCUCCUUCUUUUCAAAGCUUAAUCUACCUUUUUCUUCUUCUUUACUCAGGGGAACUAUUUCCUCUGCUUUGCUUCUCUCAGAAGAUAACUUGUAGGGAGGACCGUUUCUUAAUGGCGUUUUUCUGUGCUCACGCAAAACUAUUUCUUCUUCUUCUUCAUCACCUGCAGCAUUUUCUUGAACUGGGUGGUUUUCAGCAUUUUGAUGAUUUGAAUCAGAACCUUCUCCCACUUCCUCUAGUGCAUCCUCCAUCAGCAUCUUUAGCCACUUCUCUACAUUACCUUUUCCACGUUGCUUUCUCGUCUCUUCAUCUUCUUCCUUCUCUGCAUCAUCUCCUCCUUCUGGUUUACGUAUGAUGGGGAAACGAAGAUCGCCCAUCUGCCUCAAUCUCCCUAAUUUGUCGGUUUCUUCCACUGCGACAAUGGCGGAGCCUUCUUCAGAUACUUUCUGCUCCUCUUCUAGGAAAACUCUCAGCUCCUUGUGUAGUGUUAAAUGAGUGUUACUAUUAUCAAGGUGAGAAGCCUCAACUUCCUUCUGCAAACGGGUCUUGCCUGAGUUAAUCCCUGGUCUUUCUCGGAUGAAUCACAAAUUGCUUUCUGAGCUUCAAGUCUGGCCAUUAGAGCACUAGAUGCUGCCUGAUUCAAUCUCAUUUGUUCCUUGUAAACUACACUCCUGUAAAGAAGAAACACGAUGUUUUGAGUGAAAUUGAAAAAACAAAAUUAUAACAAAUUGGGAUGUUCAUUUUCUUACUGAUGCAUCGCUUCUCGAAUCAUUUUCUCCAGCAUUAUCCUGUACGAAGAUUGCGCCUCUGCAACUUUUCGACACUUCUCUGCCCGUUUCUUUCGCUUGAUCAACACUAGUUCUAGCUCUUGUAUGGCUGCCUUCUCCUCCUCUGCUUUUUGUUUCAGUUCGUUUACUUCAUUGUCUAGCUUCUUAAUUUCUGCUUGCAUCUUUACAGAUUCUUCCUUUUGCCUUAGGGAAUCUCUUGCCAUUACAAUGGCUUGAUACGGGUUCUCGUUCUCUUUCGACUCAUUUGAUCUCAAUUUUCUCAUCCCUGUAAAAAAGAAA